AUGACUUCAUACUUCCCGCGGUCACAAACACCUGUUAUUUUGCUUCAAGAAUCAAAAGACCGCAUCCGGAACCGCAUCAACGAAGAGCUGAUCCGACGCGAUCGGGCCCUUAUUGACGACGACAAAAUUCGCUGGCAUAUGAGCAACAAGCGGAGGAAGUUGCGCUCAAAAGUUAGCGCCGGAGUCACCGUCUUCUCCCCAAUUGAACGUGUCAUCCAAGAGGCUUGCCGUCGCUACGGUGAAUUUACGGAAUUUGGCAUGGACUCGUUCCUGAGUGUCGGGCAGCCCGCGGAAGACACCGCGGGUCCUGACGAAUUCGAUCCGCCGUGCGGCAGCAACCAUAACAGCCGUCUCUACGGAUUGCUCGACAUCAAGAAUGAACUCCCCGAAAAAGACGAUCUCAUUAUUCUAGAAGACGACGAACCCCCGGUGGCCCCCAGCGCCUCCCUCGAGCAGUUCCUUGCCCAAAACACCGAAAUUCCGCCCGCCACCGUGACGGUCACUUCAACAAUUUCCGCUCCGGUCCACACAACGCCCUCUCAAGCGAGCAAGCCGGUGCCAAGAUUUGUGCCGCGGGAUGGGGACAUGAGAAGCAUUGUGGAUCGGAUACAGGACUUGGAGAAUCAUACUUUGAGGCUGGAGGCGAAGCUCGACUUGCUGAUUCAGGUAUCAAACCAACCAACGCUUCCACUCGGAAAACUUGCCCGAACGCACGAGCCACUGAACUGCAAGCCGCCGUUGUGCAACCCGUACACGAUGACGUACGGAUUGGGCAUCGAGCACGACUGGGGUGGUAGCGAUGGAGUUGAGGGAGAUAUUGACGUUCCGAUCCCGCUCAGCAAGGGUGUUGCCUACCGCUUCCCCUUCUCCGGAAAGAUCUAUUACGACCGCGACAAUCUCACCAUCACUUACGGCCACAACAUUAACCAAAUCGACCCGUUCAAUUCGUUGUUUGACUAUCAGAAACACAGAGAUCCCCGGAUCGCAAUUCCGAGAGACCUGCCCUGGAAGCCGAACGUGCCGACGAGGGCGAAGAGACAGGUCCAAGUCGAGGUCAUCAACAACGAGUCGAACUCGGUGCCGGUUCAUCCCGAAACCGCGGCGAAGGGCCAGAUCGACGCCAUCGUACGCCACCUGCAAGAUCCGCCACCAAAUGUCGAAGCUCAUCCCAGAGUCAAGCCCUUGGCUGUCGCUCCACCCGGGCCAGCGCCGAUACCUUUACCACCAGACACGAGUACCAAUGUUCAGCCGUUUUAUCCUAUAGGAAGAGAUACCUCUGCUGACACUCGAAUAUUCCAAAACAGCCCGCUGAUCGAGGACGGAAGAUUUGAUCUACCACCACUUAUUGCAGGCCCGCCACCAAAUCCUGAAGAGGUGCUUCGAAAGCUCAACCCGCAGAUAUUCCUGAAGGACCAUGAAGCGAACAACCAAGAAAUCGUACGUCAGCUGAUGGCAAUAAAUCAGCAACCUGUUCAGCCAAUUUUGGACCCAUAUUUGAAGCUGAGGGUGGAGAGGCCGAAUUUGUUGCAACAGGUCCUGGAGCGUCAAGUACAACAAAACGCGCUUCUCGAAGAGGAAAUCAACCAACAACUCCGCCAGCUCAACCUCGGCCCCUUGAAUCUAAACGCUGUCCCGGCUACCGUACCCCAGCCAGUCGUCCCUCCACCCCAACAACCACCACUGCUCCCCCUUCAACCCGUCGUGCCACGCUUCUUCUUC